AUGCCAGCCCCUUUGGAAACCUGCCUCUCUGAUCUUGACUGCGCCAGUAGCAACAGCAGCAGUGACCUGUCCAGCUUCCUCACCGACGAGGAGGACUGUGCCAGGCUCCAGCCCCUAGCCUCCACCGUAGGGCUGUCCGUGCCAGCCCGCAGGAGCGCGCCCACCCUCUCCGGGGCAUCGAAUGUUCCCGGUGCCCAGGACGAAGAGCAGGAGCGGCGGCGGAGGCGAGGUCGCGCGCGGGUGCGAUCCGAGGCGCUGCUGCACUCCCUGCGGAGGAGCCGUCGCGUCAAAGCCAACGAUCGCGAACGCAACCGUAUGCACAACCUCAAUGCUGCACUGGACGCGCUGCGCAGCGUGCUGCCCUCGUUCCCCGACGACACCAAGCUCACCAAGAUUGAGACGCUGCGCUUCGCUUACAACUACAUCUGGGCCCUGGCUGAGACACUGCGCCUGGCAGAUCAAGGGCUCCCCGGGGGCGGUGCCCGGGAGCGCCUCCUGCCUCCGCAGUGUGUCCCCUGUCUACCCGGGCCCCCGAGUCCGGCCAGCGACACGGAGUCCUGGGGCUCCGGGGCCGCUGCCUCCCCAUGCGCCACCGUGGCGUCACCACUCUCUGACCCCAGUAGUCCCUCAGCUUCAGAAGACUUCGCCUAUGGCCCCGGUGAUCCCCUUUUCUCCUUUCCUGGCCUGCCCAAAGACCUGCUCCAUACGACGCCCUGUUUCAUCCCGUACCACUAG